AUGAAACCAGAAACUUUAGUCAAGAAAAUAAUAGAAGCUAUAGAAACAGCUUCACCAACUACAAUAACUUAUAAUGGUAAAAAUAUCAGCAUAACUAAAAAACUUAUUGAUAAAUACAAAUAUUGUAAAGUCAGAGACGAUAUAGACUUAGAAAGAAUUGACGCGAACGCAAAAGAAGGUGGAUUUAUAUUUUUCCUACCUUUAAUAUUUAGUGGACUUAUUCCAGCCGGUACAAUAGCUGGUGCUACAGCUGGUGGAAUAAAAGCUGCCAACGAUAAGAAAGCAGAUGAAGUAACAGCUGCUGCCAACGCAAAGAAAGCAGCCGAAGAACGUAGACACAAUUUAGUAAUGGAAAAGUUGGCAGCAGAGGUUAAAAAACCUAAAACGGAAAAGAAAGGUUCAGUAGUGGGAGAAAUGAUAGGCACAAUGAAAGAAUUUGGAAAAAGAUUUAGUGAAGAAACCAAGAAAACUGUUAAACAAGGAUUAAAUAAAUUAGUAGAUAGUAUUGACACAGGAGAAAUCAAAGUCAAACAUAAGGUUUUUGAAUGGCAUUUAGCAAUUGUGAAAAUAUUUCCUAUUAACCCAAUGCUCAUGUGUAUAUGCGGUAGUUUCGGUUCUGGGAAAACUCAUCUCACUUUUAACAUGUUGACAACACCAAACCUUUUAGAUUUCGAUUCUCUCUAUAUCUACACAACAACACCAGAGCAAUCGUAUUAUCAAUUCCUUAAAGCUUUAGAAUAUCUACCAAAGAGAGAUGUUCAAGACCUAUUUCAAUAUUACGAAGAAAACGAAGAAAAAGUGGAAUUAAAAGAUUUCAUAGAUAACUACAUCAAAGGAAAGAAACCAACGGAUAUAAAAGUUUUUCUUAUGAAAAAUGUUAAUGAUCUAGAUUUGUCUCAAAUUGAUAGCGAGCGAAAGAACUUACUAGUGUUUGACGACUGCGUAGCGCAAAGAAAUCAAGCCGUUCAACAAGAAUUCUUCAAGAAAGGAAGACAUCACAACUGUCACUGCAUAUACCAAUCCCAAUCUUUUUACGGGAUGGAUUCUAUGUUCAUUAGAAAAAAUGCGAAUUGUUUUUUUAUUAUUUGA